AUGCCACUCAAAGGGAUCCCGUCCAUCUUGCCGCCGACGCUGCUGCACACGCUGGCCUCGAUGGGCCACGGUGACGAGCUUCUCAUUGCCGACGCCAACUUUCCCGCGUCGUCUCAAGGCCGCGACGUCAUCCACAUGCAGGGCUCGUCGGCGACCGACGUGCUCGCCGCCGUCCUCUCGCUCCUUCCGCUCGACUCGUUUGCGCAGUACCAAGCGACGGUCAUGAAGCAGGUCACGGCGCCGGAUGAGGAUGCACCGAUCGUCCACGAGUUUGCGUCGCUCUUGACGGCGUCGUACCAAGCCGACGGCGCGCGUGCCGCGGCCCAAGUCGAGCGCGUCGACCGCUUUGCCUUUUACGAGCGCGCGAAAGCGACGUACGCGAUCGUCGCGACGGGCGAGGUGCGGCUCUAUGGCAACAUCAUCAUCAAGAAGGGUGUCAUCGGCGGUGACGGCAAGGUCGUCAUCCUCUCCAACUAA